UUGUAUCACCUAAAUAGCAAUUACACUUCCUCUUAUUGACAUUUUGAUACAGACAUUUUUGAAAAUUAUGGAGGAUUCUGACGGUAGGAGUAGAAACAGCGCUGAAGCUGACGAGACAGAAAAUGAAAAUCAGAAAGAAAGUUUUGAAAACAUAAAGCAAACCGAAAAUAAAACGUCUACUUUCGAUUUCACCGAACAGUCAUGGCGUACUGAUUUUGUUCUAAUUGUUGAAGGAACGAAGUUGUAUGUAGCUAAGAAUAUAUUAUCACUUGCUUCGCCGGUUUUUGAUACAAUGUUUCAAUCCAACUUCAAGGAAAGUUCGUGCGACGAGUUGGAAUUGCCCGGGAAGAAGUUAAAUGACGUCAUAGAAUUCCUACGAUGUAUAUAUCCGAACACAUUCACGCAAAUAACUCGUGAUAACGCUGUGACCAUAUUGCCUCUUAUAGAAGAGUAUCAAGUCGUUCAGCUUAAACCAAGAUGUGAAGCUGUACUGGCGGAGAGUGUCAAUGCAGAAACCUCGGUAGAUGAUUUGUUUCGAUUGUUGAGAGAAGCAUCCAUGUAUGAUCUGAAAGAACUUCGUGAAAAAUGCGUGUCAUUUGCAUCUAUGAAACCUCAUAAAGAGUUGGACGAAGCAGCAGAAAAAUGCGCACUACCUUCAGAUGCGGCGAAAGAAAUUUAUGAGAAAGUUAAUAAAAAUUUGAGAGAAACUAUUUCAAACCUUGAAAUUCUUGUUGAAGAAAUAUCAGCGGAAUCAAAGGAAAGUAAUGAAAAACUGAAAACAACAAAUGCCGAAUUGACGGAAGAGCUGGCACUUAUGAAGCAAUAUUUGUCAGCCGAGGUAAAAAAUACUAAAGAACUGAAGCUUGAUUGUGACUGUUACUGGCAACAAAAACAGUUUGUUUUAUUUAUUGAUAUGGGGAGCACUUGCAUAAAUGCGGAAAAGAACGUUGUUUUAUGGGACAUUCCACUUACCGUAUUGCCAUUUAUUAAACAGAAAUCUGGUACCGAAUGGCUUGGUAUUGAAAUAAAGAACAAUGGAAUUAAAAUACUUUGUUCUGUUAAAGCACAUGCGAUUCUUGUUAGCAGACAGCCUAAAGGCCUGAAUCAUGCUUCAUUUUUUGAUGAAAGUUUUGGAAUGUCUUAUUUCUGGGGAAAUACAAUAAAUAUGUACUUGAAGCCUAAAAGUGAGGUUAUGGAUAUUAAAAAUGGACUUAUGCUUGAUGGAAAAAUUGGAAUUAUUGUACAAUUGUUCAUGUCAGAACCAAACAAAAGCUGAACACCAUUUUGUAAAUGGGAAUAAUUAUACCCCACAAAAAAUAUUAGGUCAUAUCCGUUUAAUCUGCACAAGGCAUGUCUGUCAUAAUCACAUGGAAUCUUGCGAGCCUUUGGCUUUUUUUUGUCAGUUUGGUUUGACGUCACGCUGACGCAAUUAUAUUAUAGAUCAUAUGGCGACUUUACCUUUUUUACUAUUUGAACGCUGCAGUGUGAGGAAUAAAAACUGAUCAACAUAUUUUCCAUUUAAUAGCUUUAAUUUUCAGGAGGUCGAAGUGUUGUUGUUAUUUAUGUGACGAAUAUUUGUGGGAGUCAAAAUUGCGGAACAUGACGUUCUUGUUUUUGUCGAGGACUUUCUGAAAAUUUUGUUUGCACUUUUCUCUUACUUUCAGUAUGGUCAGUCCAGAGAGCUACGUUUUUGGCUUUGGCAUCAACCGUUGCCUUAAUAGAUAAAGAACAAAAAAGUUACUGAAGGCACCAGUUGGCUAAUUAAACAAUUCAUCCAAUGUUCAAGCUCAUAAACAUAUAGUUAUCGACGUUUUUUCACUUUAUGCAUGUUAUGUUGUAGUGGGAAUGACUUUAUGACAGUUGUUUUUUGUUGUGGGUCAAUGUUGAACAUUGAUGGGAAGAUCCUAGGUUCAGGUCUGUCGGGAAUGAGUCUGGGUAUCAUUAAAAGGUGUAAGCUGAUUCAAAAUUAAACUGUGUUAGGCACACAAUGGUUAAAGUGAAUAUGUCUAUGAUUCUGCAAGAUGGGUAAAAUUUCAAAAAAGCCUGGAAGGCUAAAAUAUGUUACAAGUAUUAUCAAUAGAUCUAUUCUCGAUGAUGGAAAACGUUUUGUUAAACGGUUACACAAAUAUACUGUUAGUUGAUAUAGUCCCUUUACACAAUUUACUUAUCACAAUUAACUUUACUUACAGAUACCGGUACACUUGUACAAUUUUAAGAAGAAGUUUUCAAUAUACAUGAUAUAAGUUCUGACAACUGACCUUAAAUUAAUUAUUUUGACAAUUUUUUCCCGUUCUGGAUUGAUUUCAUGAAACUUAAAAAUCAAGAACAAAUACUUUAAAAACCAUUUUGCAUAAAUCAGUUAGAAUUUGCAAAACUACCAGUCUAUCUAACUUUAAAUAAAAAUUUAAAAGAUUUUAAGCAUAAUUAUAUUAUAUGUUUCUCAAGAACAAUAACUUAAAACUCAAGAAAUUAAAAAACGAUAUUAUGAUACUACAACCUGACUGAUGUUGAAUAACCUUUUCAGGUGUUGUCAAUGAUUUGUAUAUCAUGCUUUCAGUUUGUGAAUAUUUUGUAUUGGAACUUAAAAUCACUAUGCGUGUUUCAGGCACAGAACUUUUAUUUUAACAACAAACUAUUUUAAAGGUGUCAUCGAUAAAUGCAAGUCUGAAUACUUUUUUUAGAUCUACAAUGGAUUUUGCAUUUUACAAUACUAAACUUGAUUCUUAAUACAGAAUACAAAUUGACAUUUUGUAAUGUUAAGUAGGCAAAGAUCAUACAAUUUAUAAGCUUUUGUCAAGUAUGCGUAUCUUACAUAAUAUGUGAACAAUAGAAAAAAAACUAUUACCGUUGCUGUGUUAUAUGAUCUUUUACAAAUAAUGAAGAACACGAAAUUGAAUAGAUAAGCGAAACUAAGUUUCAAUGCAUAAAUGCGUUAUUUCAACAAUUUACACUAACCAUUUACAGGAACAAGUGUCGGUGUUAAACAAAAUGACAAAUGAAAUAGAUAUAAUUAUCAUAACAUACAUUUUGUCUUUUGAAAUGAAUGAAUGGGAGUCACACUUUAAUGCUACUGGCCAGUGUUUAUGACGUUUAAGAAGAGCUCAAGUCUGCAAUAUUGUCCUGUUCAGCCAAUUUGAGGCGGGGAUAAAACGUUUUUUAUGAUGCUCGAGUAGUUUUACUUUAAAGGGCCAAGUCUGUAUUAAGAGCAAAAGGACACAUAAAAAUUCUUAAAAAUAAAAAUGUAUAUUAAGGUUUAGGAGUAUAUCACCAAAACACAGAAAUAUUUUAUAAACGAAUAACAUCGUUACCAAUAUUUUACUUAACCAUUACAUGUUCUGCCGUACUGUCCUGUACUGAAA